GUAACUCACAUAGAUACUAAACAUAACUCUGAAAUAUUAUCUCAGUUGGAGCCAUGGACAAUAUAUUGUAUUCAAGUGCAAGCAGUUAUCCCCGAGUGGAACAAAACAGGGGAACUGAGUGGAGAGCUUUGUGAGCAGACAACCCACAACGGUGUAACUCCUGUGUGGAUAAUUGUGACCGUUCUCAUAGGAUCAAUGUUGGUCAUUGUAAUAUCUGUUCCUGUUUGUUUCUUUUCCUUUUUGUAUUUAUAUCGACUCACCAGACACGUUUUCUGCCCUUCAUAUGUUUUCCCACAACACUUGAAAGAGUUUUUGAACAAGCCUCCCAGUGGUUCGCAGUUUUUUCCUCCACUCCCACAAGAAGAGCGUUUUUUUUAUGACAAGCUAACUGUCAUUUCAGAAGAAUCCAAAAAUCAAAGCGAUGAGACAGGGAAUGAGGCCAGCAAGACAACAGAGCAUCUUCAGGACUCAGAACAAGAAGAUUCUGAUUCAGGAAUAGUACCAGCUUCAGAAAAGGCCUAA